UUAGCCAGGAGAGGUAGUGUGUUCUGUCUAUUACACACGGUUGUGCUGAACUGUCCGUAAACAACCGUCAAAAACAACACCGAAAACCCAACGAGUGUGUCCAGAGUCGUUUAGAGACGGUGGCCUGUUGUCCUGUGUUGUUUUUGUUGCAUGACAGCAGAAGUUGGUUGAGCUAAAGGUUCAUUUUAGUCCACCAGGAUGGCUUCUCGCAAAAAGGUGCUCCUGAAGGUUAUCAUUCUUGGGGAUUCUGGCGUUGGAAAGACCUCUCUGAUGAACCAAUAUGUCAAUAAGAAGUUUAGCAAUCAGUAUAAAGCCACGAUUGGCGCAGACUUUCUUACUAAGGAGGUGAUGGUGGAUGAUAGGCUGGUGACAAUGCAGAUUUGGGACACAGCAGGACAGGAGCGGUUCCAAUCGUUGGGCGUGGCUUUUUACAGAGGAGCAGACUGCUGCGUGCUGGUGUAUGACGUGACCGCUCCAAACACCUUCAAAACCCUUGACAGUUGGAGGGACGAGUUCCUCAUUCAGGCCAGUCCACGAGACCCAGAGAACUUCCCUUUUCUAGUGCUUGGCAACAAGAUUGAUUUAGAGAACAGACAGGUGACAACAAAACGGGCCCAGGCAUGGUGUCAGAGCAAAAACAAUAUUCCCUACUUCGAGACCAGCGCAAAAGAGGCCAUCAACGUGGACCAAGCUUUUCAGACCAUCGCUCGAAACGCCCUCAAACAGGAGUCUGAAGUGGAGACGUACGACUUCCCAGACCAGAUCAAACUGAGAGAUGACAGACCUGUGUCCUCUGGUGAUGGCUGCAGCUGCUGAAAUGGGACGGGGAGAUAAAGGGGACCACUGAUACAGAGAGCAGGCAUGGAGAGGCCAAUGCUCGGGGUGGAAUGCAGAACAUGCAGCAUUCAAACAAGGAGAAAAAAAAAACAUUUUCCAAACUUCUAUAAAAAGAACUGUAUAGGAAAUUAAAGAAACUCUCAGCCACUGCAUCCAUUUUAAUAUAACUACCUUUAAGGUUAUUCUUUUUUGAGAAUGAGAUGAAGCAUGAUAGUUAUUCUAUUAUUUACAAAUGAUUAUUUUUCUUUUUUGCUGCCAGUUUUUCAUUUCUGCAGAUUACAGACUUUUGUCUCCUGCUUGUAUGUCCGUCAGUUAUUAAUGUGCCUUUCAUUUUUUCGCUGUAGAUGCUGCCACUAUCAAACUUCUAUGUAAUUCCUUUGUUUGCCAAAUUUGUUUGCUUGUUUAAUAUAUGUUAACCUUAAUUAUUUAACAAAAACACCCACAGACAGUAUAAACAGCCCAAUAUGAGUUAAUGUGCUCAGACUCAACAUCACUUUCAAAACCGUCAGCAUUCUCCAAGUCUGUCAGCUGCCAAUGCUGCAAGUAAAUGCUCAAUAUUAAUGCCUAAGGGAUGCUCUGAUUACAGUUGGAUACCUUGGUGGUAAUAGUAAAAUGAAGGUUUUGGGGAUCUGGGAGAUUACAAGUAUUAUGUGCAAUCAGUUUAGUCACACUAGCAAUGCAACAAAUGUUUCUUUUCAUUUGGAAUAAAAGCGUUUCCCUAGUUUUAAUGAAUGAAUGAAACAAAUUAAUAAUCUUGUGCAAGCAUUUCUUUA